AGCCAUUUGAAGAUGGCUUAAGGAAGAAGAGCGCUCUUUUGUCUGUUGAGGUUCAUUGUAACAGGAGUCUCCGGCCUCUUCUUUUUAAUCGGGAAGGCGCUACACACAGUAAUGUUUAUAAAUAGCCAGAGCCUUGCAUGCCAUAAGACUCGUCUGUCUCCUCUUCUCUCGGUCAGUAGUAGUAGUGGGAGGAGGCAAUCUGCUUCGAUCCUUAUCAUUCAACAUUUUUUUGGGGAAAAAAAAAGCAUAUAAACAUCAUCUCAAAAUGUAUUUGUUUAUUUAUUUUGUUGUGAAAUACACGUUAAGUACAUUACAAGUGAUUUUGACACUAUAAUGGAUUACAGUUGUCCAUGCACCAAAAACAUUUUCCAUUUUCCUACAUUGCAACAAUGUAUUAAUACUUUCCAGAUUGUUUUCUGCAUGGGAUGUCUACUUCUGACAAAUGUCUUAUUACAAAAAAGGAAAAAAAAAGUAUUCACUCAUUCAUUGCACAUUUUAUGUAGUGAAUUGCUCCAUGUUUGUUUCUCAGCUUUGGCAUCUCUGCCCAGAAAUUUGACAUCAAGCUCGGUUAUGUCCUAAACUGCACACUGUAGUUCAAAAAUAAGAUACAAAAAUACCUGAAACUAGACCAAAUGGGAAACAAGUUCACUGUGGUGCGCACACAUUUCUGAUUUGCGAUGUCUGUAGUACGCCUUUUUUGUCUUUGUCUAGUGCGUUCCAAUCUAUCUUCCCUUUUCACCCUUUAAUCACCCUUUUCCUUUUCUAAUCUUUGAAAUAUAUUGUACAACAGAAAUGGUUCUGUACAUCAUAAAACAGUCUGCACUUACACUUUCCCUUUGUUUGCCAUAGCCUGUGUUUGAACGAAUUGAUUUGAUUUAAUUCUGAUUGUUUGCUUUAAAACAAGAUCUUAGUGGCCACGGAUUAUUUUUAAACUAUCCCUAAGAAACGCCACCCAUGGACUUGCUUUUUCCACCUGCAACCACCUUCUACAGCUAGCUGAUUUGGAUGCAUUACCACCUUAACUACAAUGUUGAUUUUUUUUUUUUUUAAAGUGAAAUUAAACUCAACCCAUCUGACAUCAUGGGAAAACUAAAAUAAUUCCAUUCUUUUAACCACAAAUCUGUGAUGACUCUAAAUUUGAAAAGAAACUAUAGUUAGAUCAACAUUUAAACAUGGUAUCAUUAGCUAGCUAUUGUGCUUUAAUGCCUAUUAAUUACUUCUAUCCAAACACCAUCGUGAACUACGUACCAGUCAGUGCAGUGUGACGUCAAGACCCUACAGUACACACCUAGAGUCACUAUGGCAACCUGUGAUGGUGUAAGAUACUGUUUUGACAUAAACUUUUGGAUGUAGGUUGACGCAUACUAUGUUGUAGGCGGUGGUGAUAUGGUGAAAGUCAUAUCUUUACGCUUGGAGAUAGUUUAUUGAUGCACAAUACAUCGCACAUGUCACCAGGGAUUCAUUUUGAGAAGUGAUGCAAGCGAAUAUCACCCAGUUACAUUUUUGAAAAAUAACCUCCAUGCAGCCCCAUUUUUAUCUAUCUAUCUAUCUGUCUAUAUCUCUAUUCUUUUUAUUUUACACACCACCUUUGUUGUACUGGUAGUAUUUUAUAUCAGACCUACCGUCCCAAUUUGGGCAAAACAAAAUGUGCAGAGUUAACGAAACAGUAAAUUUGAGUUUAUAAUUGUAGGCCAUUGUCUUCAUAUUUAAUUAUAUUGUAUUAAAUAGGAUGUUCCAUUAGUAGUAUCUCACUGCUGCUUUUGGUAUCAGCCAUGGUAGACAUAUUUAUCACCAUCCUGAUCGAAAUGUUAUUUGUUUAGUGGCUGGAGAUUGUGAGUUUGAGUCCCAUCCGUGGCUGUUGUAUCUCUGGGGGGGGUACUCUCUGUCCUCUCUCAACCACAGCGACACUAGCCAAUCGUACGCCUCUGUGAGGUCAUGUAUGUGGAAGGGGGCGGAUAGCGCUUUCCUCCAAGUGUGUUACUCAGCAUGAGCAGCAGUUUGGGAACACGUGUCUCACAGGAAGCACGCGUUAACCUUCACCCUGAAACCCCCGAGGGUGGUAGCUCUCCUGCCAUAGGGGAGCACUGCCUGCUGGCAACUGGUGGAAAAUUCAACAAAAAAUAUUUCUUUAUUUGGACCACCAGAAAAUAAAGGAAAUAGUGGAACUGUAUUACGAAAAACAGUAUGUUUCAUAUUCUUUUUUUUUUUUUUUUUUUUUUUUGGGAUCUAACCUUUUAUUUAGGAAAUAAUGUAACAAAAAAGGAGGAUUAAAAAUACAUUAAAAAUAGAUUUAAUUUAAGCAUCCAAUCAGCAUGGACACCUGAUAUACUGCAGGCAGGACUACAGAAGUGCUUUAAUGAUGAAGGACACAUCAUCAUAUAUCAUAUCAUCAUAGUCUGUACAAGUGAGGGUUUUUUUUAUUUUUAUUUAUUUAUUUGUAGCUGCUCGUUAGUGCGCUAGUGUGUGAUUUGUGUGAUCUGAGACACGCGCAGCUCCAGCAAAAGCUCUGAGAGGUGUAGCUGCUUCACUUUCCUAAUCUCGGGUGCCACGCCCCGCCCAUUCAGCAGCCUCAUAUCACCGAGGCCCUGAGACGAGAGGAGGCAGAAACCGGGAUAUCCGCCGUGAGCACGAGCGCGUAUACACACUCACACACACUCACACACACGCACGCACGCAGAAGCACGCACACUCGCGCGUGCACUCGGUCCAUGCGCCACGCACUCGUCUCGCUCCUCCGCCGCACGUCUGUAAAGAAAGCGUAAUUUGUUCUGCGGACGCCGUCCAUCGUAGCGGGCCGUUAUGGCAGCCACGCUGUUAACGGGACACGAGGACUUUCUGCCGCUGAUGAAAGGCUUUCAGGAGGAGUCCGUUCUGUUCACCGACACCGACAGGGGACUGGCCAACGAAUACGCGCAGGCAAAGCUAGAGAUGGACAAAUACCUGACACCUCAGCUGCAGGAUUCCCUGGCAGUCAAGAAGCAGUGCCAGGAUAGCUCCUCUGUGGAGUUUUUCUGCGAUGAACAGGGCUCCCCUUACAGCAUCAACAUGAAUGUGUACCUACCUGACAUCGCCUACCUGCGUGGUGGUCUGUGCCGCCCAUCCCGGCCCUCUGUCCCCAGCCAGGUGAAAAGCAAGCCAGUGAGCUCGACCUUCUCUUCAGGCCCAGACUGUUCCGUCCCUCCCACUCUUCCUGACUUCACUACCAUCUUCAGCUCGCCCUCGGCACCAUGCGCGACCAUGGAUGCAGGUGACGCUUCAAAUGGCGUGUUCGUCAAGCAGGAGAUGCCCUCUUUUGAGCUUCCCCAGGAUGGCCAUCUGUUCCAGCUGCUCAGCUCGGACCUUGACGUUCCCAUUCAGGCCGUUUCGGACUCUCACGCCCAUGCCAUGUCGUCAGAGGUGCCCUCCUUCCAUGACCUGCACUUAGCAGCCACACAGACUGCCACUAAGCCGUACUGCGCCAUGCCCACGCCUGCGUACCCGCUCGCCCCCUCGGGUCACUUCGCCCAGGGCCACACGCAAGUCAAAGCGCCCUACCUUCCUCCCUCGCCGCCCACCUCCGAGCCGGGCAGCCCAGACCGGCAGAAAGAGCUGCUGCACAACCUGACGCCACCGCCGUCUUACGCCGCCAGCAUUGCGUCCAAAAUGGCUGGCCAUAUGCCCGCUCAUCAAGCACCCACAUCCACACGAGCGCCCGCGACCACCAGCGCCGGGGUCAUGCCUGUCCGAUACAACCGCAGGACAAAUCCCGACCUCGAGAAGAGGCGGAUACACCACUGUGACUUCCCAGGUUGCAAGAAGGUUUACACCAAGUCCUCGCAUCUGAAAGCUCAUCUGAGGACGCACACUGGCGAGAAGCCAUACAGGUGCACAUGGGAAGGGUGUGACUGGAGAUUCGCUCGUUCUGAUGAGCUGACGCGCCACUUCCGCAAACACACGGGAGCUAAGCCGUUCCAGUGUGCCGUGUGCAGCCGCAGCUUCUCCCGCUCCGACCACCUCGCCCUGCACAUGAAGAGGCACCAGAACUAAUCACUAAACACUUCCCACACUUCUUUUACACCUACAUGCAUUUAUAUAGGGAAUUACUGUAUUCACACACAACACACUGACAAUCACGUUCAUUCACACACACACACACACAGUUAAUUGUUCAUUUGAAGAGACACUAGAACAACACACACAUGUGUACUAGGACGAGCCUUCUGUCUGAGGGUGAACGUUUUCCUCUCACGUGUUUGAACAAGCUCUGAGCUCCUGACUUUAUUGCUACAACAUGGCCAAGAUUACUUUUUUUUUUUUUUUUUAAAUCAUCUUCCACAUACACUCUUUAUUAGAUCUGAUCCUGUCACUUUUAUACGGUACUUAAACAUGCAUCGGCUCGGAAGGAAUCCGACAGACUGCUUUAGCUUUUUAAUGCUAGCGUUUGUACGAUUUGAGGACACGGUUGAUGGCUGUAACUUUUUAAAAAGCAAAAAAAAAAAACAGCUGCGUUCGUUUGUUGGCACUCAUUCAAUAAAGACUGCUGCUGUCUCUUAAACCUACACUGCCAGUAAAAAGCUUUCAUGCUAUACUUAUGGUGUAGGAUUUUCAGUUAAACUUUAAGUGGACUUCUUUUAAGGAAAAUGGAUGAGUGAAUGGACAAAUGUAUGUUUGUCUCUGACUCUUUCUGAAUCUUUUAUCUAAAGCAGGGACUCGCAAACUUUUUGCAGUCAGAGACCCCUUUAACUGUAAAAGACAAAUAAAAUAAAUACGUUUUCACAACCAUAAUCCAACAAAUAUUACACACAUUAUUCAAUUGUGUACAGUAAUUUUUCAGAUAUAAUUGGAGCCAUUGAGUUUUGAACUUUCAGCCAAUUGAAUUUUGUCACAUUUUAUUAAAAUCGUCAUUAGAUUCAUGUCGCCAUUAUUUAUAGGCAUAGCAACUUUUUUAUGUGGUGAUUUCCACAAAAAUCAGAGGCCUGACGAAGCUUUUGAGGUUCCCUGGACCAAACUUUGAGAUCUAACUUACCAACUUACCCUCCAAGUGCACCUGAGUUUAAUAAAGCACUUAUUACGCACCUAAUUCAGUCAGUUCAUUCAUUCUUAAAUCCAGAUUUAGAUUUUGAUGUAACACUUGAGUAUUUUUGCUUAUUUCAAUGCAACAUCUGGACCCUAACAUUCAUUCCAGAUGUUUAGAAGCUUUUCCCUGGCAGUGUGAAUAUAUUCAUAUAAAAAAACAUUGUUUUUUUUUUAACUUUGAAAACUUCUCAAACAUCAUUUUCCCCUGACAUCUUGUUGCAUUGCAAUGAACAAGUUCUCCCUUCUCAUCCGUUGCUAACAAAACAGUUCGUUCAUGUUCUGCUUUACCCAGAAUUCCAUGGGUAGAGAUGGUGCACAAAGCUAGGACUUUUUUUUUUUUUAUUUUUUU